GAGUUGAUCAGGACUAAAAACAGCUUUUCCUAAUUUCGCUUAAAGUUAAAAAGAAGCCCAUUGAAAAAAUUAAAGAAAGUGUCGCAAGAGUCAAGACUAUGGUUGUGUGAUAAUUUAAUAAUAUGGUUACAAAUAGAAACAUAGGAUUAAUUAAUAAUUAUGAUACAUUUACUCACGAGGCUCCAUUUACAUAAAUAUCCCUCAAAACUCCAUUACUAACCUUCCAAUUUCUUCACACACCAAACAAACAAAUCUCUCUGCAUCAUCCAAACGCAAACAAACUCUACAAUGACGGGGAGAGACUGCAACCAACACUACGACUAUGAGGAGAGGAGGAUGAGACGCAUAGUAUGGGGGGGAUUGCUUGGCCUAAUCGUGGCGGUUGCGUUCGUGGUGUUCUUGGUUUGGGCUAUACUUCACCCGCACGGACCGCGUUUUGUCCUCCAAGACGUAACCAUUAACGACUUCAACAUUUCUCAGCCAAAUUUCCUCUCUUCAAAUCUUCAGGUCACUCUCUCUUCUCGCAACCCAAACGACAAGAUCGGAAUUUUCUAUGACCGUCUCGACAUCUAUGCCACAUACAGAAACCAAGAGGUGACGGUGGCGAGGCUAUUGCCGUCGACGUAUCAAGGACAUCUGGAAGCGACGGUGUGGUCACCGUUUCUGAUUGGCUCCAACGUGCCGGUGGCUCCUUACCUGUCUCCGGCGUUGAACGAAGAUUUAAUCGCCGGGAUGGUGCUUCUCAACAUCAAGAUAGACGGUUGGGUUAGGUGGAAAGUGGGCUCGUGGGUCUCUGGCGGUUAUCACCUCCACGUUAACUGUCCGGCGUUCAUUACCGUCACCGGAAAGUUAGUCGGCGCCGGUCCGGCGAUCAAGUACCAGCUUGUUCAGCGAUGUGCUGUUGACCUAUCUUGAAGAGUCUUUUUUUUCCUAAGGAAUAAAAUGAUAUAAAAGGUAAAUUAGAGAAAAUUGUUGUUGAUUUGGCUUGUUAAUUAAUUUUUCUAAAGGCUGUUAAAAACUUAAAAGAACAAAACGCUAAUUAAACCUUUUCUUUUAGCAUAUAGUAAGUUCACAUCAUCACAUGUAUUCCUUUUUAUUAAUAUAGUUUUUUAGUAGUAAA